AUGCUUUUUGGCUAUUCCAGCUUGGAACUUAUUGGAAAGAAUGUCAGCCUGCUUAUCCCAGAAUUUUAUUCCAUCAUAUCUUCUAUAAAUAUUCAAGACAAACCACUGACUCCAAUUAGUCCAGUCAAUUCAAGUAUGACUCGAGCAUCCAUUGGAGAAAUGUUUUCACCUGCCAAACUCAAAAAGAAAGGUAAUUUUUUUUUUUUCUUUUUGUUCCUCUCUGCAGACAUUGAAGAUGAAGAUCUUGAAGAGAAAAAACCAAGUGUCGCUUUCCUUCCAUCUAUUCCUGGCAAGAAUUCUUCCCUGACAAAACGUGCUACUGACAUAAUUCCUCCACAGGCUCUUCACUUACAAGAACAAUGUCUAGCCUCAUCUGAUGAUUGCUCUCUACCAAAGUUUGUUCUUGCCUUUUCUUUCUUUUUUUUUUUUUCCUUCUGUUUCCUCUUUUUGUCCUUUCUUUCCAUUUCCUUCAUUGUUCUUAUCUUUUUUUCUUCCUUUUUUCUUUCCUCUUCCUUCUUUUUUACUUUUUGCUACUCAUUCUUCUUGUUUUCUUUUCAAAUCUCUUCCAUUUUUUUCUGUUUGCUUCUCUUCCAUUUUUUUUUUUUUUUGCUUCUCUUCCAUUUUUUUUUUCUUUUUGCUUCUCUUCCAUUUUUUUUUUUUUUUUCUUUCCAUUUUUUUUUUUUUUUGCUUCUUUUUUUUUUUUUUUUUUGCUUCUCUUCCAUUUUUUUUUUCUUUUUGCUUCUCUUCCAUUUUUUUUUUUUUUUUUGCUUCUCUUCCAUUUUUUUUUUUUUUUUUGCUUCUCUUCCAUUUUUUUUUUUUUGCUUCUCUUCCAUUUUUUUUUUCUUUUUGCUUCUCUUCCAUUUUUUUUUUUUUUUGCUUCUCUUCCAUUUUUUUUUCUUUUUGCUUCUCUUCCAUUUUUUUUUUUUUUUUUCUCUUCCAUUUUUUUUUCUUUUUGCUUCUCUUCCAUUUUUUUUUCUUUUUUGCUUCUCUUCCAUUUUUUUUUUUUUUUUACUUCUCUUCCAUUUUUUUUUUUUUGCUUCUCUUCCAUUUUUUUUUUUUGCUUCUCUUCCAUUUUUUUUUUUUUUUGCUUCUCUUCCAUUUUUUUUUUUUUUUUGCUCUCUUCCAUUUUUUUUUUUUUUGCUUCUCUUCCAUUUUUUUUUUUUUUGCUUCUCUUCCAUUUUUUUUUUUUUUUUUGCUUCUCUUCCAUUUUUUUUUUUUUUUUUCUCUUCCAUUGUUUUUUUUUUUUUGCUUCUCUUCCAUUGUUUUUUUUUUGCUUCUCCAUUCCAUUUCUUUUUUUUCUUCCAUUUUUUUUCUUUUCUUCCAUUGUUUUUUUCUUUUUGCUUCUCUUCCAUUGUUUUUUUCUUUUUGCUUCUCUUCCAUCGUUUUUUUCUUUUUGCUUCUCUUCCAUCGUUUUUUUCUUUUUGCUUCUCUUCCAUCGUUUUUUUCUUUUUGCUUCUCUUCCAUCGUUUUUUUCUUUUUGCUUCUCUUCCAUCGUUUUUUUCUUUUUGCUUCUCUUCCAUCGUUUUUUUCUUUUUGCUUCUCUUCCAUCGUUUUUUUCUUUUUGCUUCUCUUCCAUCGUUUUUUUUUUUUUUGAAUAAAAAUCUUUUUUUUUUUUGCUUCUUCAUCGUUUUUUUUUUUGCUUCUCUUCCAUCGUUUUUUUUUUUUUUUUCUCUUCCAUCGUUUUUUUUUUUUCUUCUUCCAUUUUUUUUUUUUUUUGCUUCUCUUCCAUUUUUUUUUCUCUUCUUUUCCAUUUUUUUUUUUUUUCUUUUUUCUUUGCUUCCGUUUUUUUUUUUUUUGUUUCCGUUUUUUUUUUUCUCUUUGCUUCCGUUUUUUUUUUUUUUUCUCUUCCGUUUUUUUUUUUUUUUUUUCUCUUCGCUUCCGUUUUUUUUUUUUUUUCUUUGUUUCCGUUUUUUUUUUUUUCUUUUGCUUCCGUUAUUUUUUUUUUUUUCUUCUCUUCCGUUUUUUUUUUUUUUUUUCUCUUUUUUUUUUUUUUUUUUUCCGCUUCCGUUAUUUUUUCUUUUCACUUCUGUUUUUUUUGUUUUUUUUCAUUCCUCUUCCUUCUUUUUCUUUUUUCUUCUCCCUUUCGUCCUGGACCAAUUCUUCCCCGUUUUCUUUUCCUUUACUCUUCCUUCGUUUUUUUUUUCCUUUACUCUUCCUUCGUUUUUCUUUUCCUUUACUCUUCCUUCGUUUUUCUUUUCCUUUACUCUUCCUUCGUUUUUCUUUUCCUUUACUCUUCCUUCGUUUUUCUUUUCCUUUACUUCAUUAAAAGGAGAUACGGGAACAUUUCAAGAAAAUCUCAGUCCUUUGGAUGAAAAUGUUGAUGGUGAUUUUGCUGGUGUUUGCCAACACAAAGAUGGUUCCCUUAUUGCCAUUAAUUUCAGUGUGAACCCAAUGCAUUUAGAAACUGGUGAGUUAAUGUUCUGCUUGUGGGUCAGUCAGGAUUUAGACAAAAGUAGCAUCAAUAAUUUCACCUUGGAUUUUACCAGCACAUCCAAUGAAGAUUCUGCAAAUAUCACUGACUCACAGGUAUGUUCUUCUGGUAGUUUUGGGGGUGGCAAAACUGCUGAGGGGGUUGAGGAGUCUUACCCCCCCUGCAAAGCAUUUGAUCACAACUAUCAGAAUUUACGUACCAUUGGACAUGGAGCUUUUGGAUUUGUUGUUGAGUCCUUGGAGCAAUCAACUAAAAUGGAGGUGAUUGUCAAAUACAUUCUUCGGUCAAAAGUUCUUUCUGAAAAUUGGCGAGAUGAUCCAAGUCUGGGUCAAAUUCCUCUUGAAGUCAGUCUCUUAUCACAACUUUCACAUCCAAAUAUUGUUCAGCUUGUGUCUGCUGUUGCAUAUUUGCAUCAGUGUGGAAUUGUCCACCGUGACAUCAAAGAUGAAAACAUAAUUGUGAACGAGCAUUUUCACAUUAAACUGAUUGACUUUGGUUCUGCUGCUUACAUGGAACCUGGCAAGAUGUUUGCCACUUUCUGUGGAACUGUUGAAUAUUGCAGCCCUGAAGUGCUUAUGGGAAACUGGUAUGAUGGACCUGAAUUAGAGGUGUGGUCAAUGGGGGUCACUCUUUACACACUGGUCUAUGGAGAAAAUCCAUUUUUCACAGUUGAUGAUAUUUUGGCAUGUAAUUUUAAACCCCCUUUCCAAGUUUCCGAAUACUUAACUGACCUUUUGUGCUGGAUGUUGUUACCUGAUCCUGCCGAUCGAAUGACAGUGAAAGAAUUGGAGACAGAUGCUUGGGUCUUCCAACCAAUUGAUAUGACUCAGUACAGCUGGCAAGAAAUCAUGGCUUUGUCAGACGGUCCAACAGUGCCUGACUAUGAAGUCAUAUAUGAUGAGCCAUCAUCUGAAGAGGCUCUCCAGUUAAGCUGCAUCAACCCAUUGCCUUCCGUCCAUUCACGCUCAAACAGACUCAUGCCUCGGCCUCAUUUCAUGUCAUGCUAA